AUGUCGACCAACGAACAAGACAGAUCCACAGCAGUGUUGGCUCCUGGCGAUGCAGCAACUCUACAAGACUCAGGCUUAGCGAGUCCUCCUUAUUCUGAUGGCACUCGACGCAUACACAAACGCAGAUUGAAUCGAUCUAGUGAUGAAGACGAUGGUCAUCUCCCACUGACCCCCAUAUCGAUGGACUCCGGCUCCGAUUGCUUCGUCAGUAUCCCGGAGGAUCUUACGUCCUUGGCUACACUUGAGUACAUUGGAUACAAUCGCCAGACUGCCGUUUCUAUCUGGCAACGAUGGAACAACUGGCCCGCUGGCAUCAUAAAGCGUCAAUGCGACGAUUUCGAAAACGGGAUUCCGUUUAUCGAAAUUGCAGAGGCUUAUCUCGAAACCCAACCGGAUACCUGCGACGAGAAUGACUCCGCAUGGCUUGAGUGUCUGGACAGGUACGGCAUGAGUAACGAGUUCACAUCCGCAAUCAUGGACACGAAAUUUCGACACAUCCGCCUUACAGAAACAUGCCAAUUCUGGGCGAUAGACACUCUCAAAUUACGAUACCGUGCACUUGAGGAGGUACAAGAGGCUUCCCGUCAACGUGAACGUGAACAGGCAACUCAACGUGAAUCUUCACGUCCUGGCACACACAGUCCCGAUCCUCCUACACAAAGAUCCAUCUCGGACUCGCUGAGAUCUGCCCCGUGGAUGUCGCCGGAGACUGCUAUGUCUUCCUUUGCAACCCAGGUAGCAGCAAACGCACCGGGGCGAACCCAGUUGUACAAGGGAAUGGACAAAGCACGGAUCAGUGGCCUGUUUCGUAAUGACGGCAGUAUCGAUUACGAAUGCCUUGCGGCCAUACCACCGGCUGAUUUCACAUCGAAAACGAUUGAUAUUUACUUCGGCGUUGAUCGAGAAGUUGCUGUCCGUUAUGCCUGUUACGCCAAGCGUCGCUCUGAGUCCUGUUCCGCGGUGAUUGUGCAAGUGAGCAUCCCCAACUCGGUCAUUGAGACUCUCGCUCCACCGGAAAUCCAGCACGUCUAUUGGCCAACGACAGAGUGGAAAUCGCUUGUGUUCCUUUGUCGUCAACGACGCAAGCUCCCGUCGCAUCUGCGCAAAUUCAAAUUGGCCGAUCUUGUCAUUGGCUCAAUCUGCAAUAAGCCAAACAUGAUCUUGGCUAAUAUGGAAUCUCCAAAUGAGAUCACCGAGCAAAUGGUUUUCAAAACAAAAGAUGGUCGUGUGGCCGUGCAGUAUGUUUUCAAAGGCGAGGGGGGAGACGAUCUAUUACACGAUUCCGCCAAACUUACGGUCUUCCCUUUGACGAGCCGGGAAAUUGAGUCUUGGCGACACACUUCCUAA